AUGAUCAUCCUAAUACCCUAUUAUAGUAUCAUUACUUCUAGUAAUAAGGUCAUCAAGCACAGGCGGAUAAGGGACGAUCUUCGUUUGGAGACUGGGGUAUUAUGCUUCGAAAUAGAGGCAGCUAGUCUAAUGUUGGACUUUCCCUACGUUGUCAUCCGCGGUAUUUAUGAUUAUGCCAACUCACAUAAGAAUAAGGAUUAG